AUGCGUACUUCGACUUUGGCCACCCUCGCUUUGGGCGCUGGUGCUGCAUCUGCGGCUUCUGUCAAAAGACAAAGCAGCUUGCAGCCAGUCUCCGUCAAAGGAAAUGCUUUCUUUGCUGGUGACGAACGAUUUUACAUUCGUGGUGUCGACUAUCAACCUGGUGGCUCCUCGGAUGUGGCAGACCCCAUUGCCGAUGAAGAGGGCUGCAAGAGAGACCUCGAGGAAUUCAAAAAGUUGGGCAUCAAUGCUAUCCGGGUAUACACGGUUGACAAUAGCGCAUCUCAUGACGCAUGCAUGAAUGCCUUGGCAGAUGCUGGCAUCUACCUCAUCUUGGACGUCAAUACCCCCAAGUAUUCGUUGAACCGAGCCGACCCUGGUCCAUCCUACAACGAUGUAUAUCUUCAGAACAUCUUUGCCACGAUUGACAUCUUCCAUGCCUACGACAACACGUUGGCUUUCUUCUCUGGCAACGAGGUCAUCAAUGACCCUGAGACUUCCGCAGCUGCGCCGUAUGUCAAGGCCGUCACUCGGGAUAUCAGACAAUAUAUCCGAAGCCAAGGCUACCGAACCAUUCCUGUGGGAUACUCUGCCGCCGAUGUGGCCGAGAACCGUCUGGAAAUGGCCGAGUACAUGAACUGUGGUACAGACGACGAGCGUUCAGACUUCUUCGCCUUCAACGACUAUUCCUGGUGCGAUCCUUCCUCCUUCACCGUCUCUGGCUGGGACCAAAAGGUCAAGAACUUUACGGGCUAUGGUAUCCCCAUCUUUCUCUCCGAGUAUGGUUGCAACAUCAACACUCGUGAGUUUAACGAAGUCGAGGCACUUUACAGUGACAAAAUGACCCCUGUCUAUUCUGGAGGCUUGGUCUAUGAGUACUCGCAAGAGCCCAGCAACUAUGGCCUCGUUGAAAUUGAUGGCAACUCGAUCUCUGAAUUGCCUGAUUUCGGAACCCUUCAAAAACAAUUCGCAAACACCCCCAACCCUCAGGGUGAUGGCGGCUAUAACUCGACCGGCGGUGCAUCUGGCUGCCCUUCUUACUCGUCCCCCAACUGGCUUGUCAAGGAUAACUCUCUCCCUGCAAUUCCUGACGGUGCGAAGAAGUACAUGACUGCGGGUGCCGGUCCAGGACCUGGUCUCUCCGGCCCUGGCUCCCAGAAUGCAGGUGGUGCUUCUACUGGAACCGCCACCGCAGGCAGCGGAUCCCCGAGUCAAACCGGCGGCUCAUCCUCUAGCGGAACCAGCAACGCAGCUGCUUCCGUCAUGGAUGCCAAGAUGUCCGUUGCUCCUCUGGUCUGCGGUGCUGUCGUGGCCAUGUUUACGCUGUUUGGUGCUACUUUGUUGUAA